AAAAUUAUUUAAAAAAGUAAAAUUAAUUAAUGCAUGCCUGUAAAGAAAUUAAUUUUUUAAGAGAAAUUUAUGCGCAAAUCCUUUAAAAAUAUGUGCGGUUGCGCGUUAUGGUGACGAAACGAAUUGAAAAAAAAAAUUAAAAAUAUUUAUUUUUAUAAAAACGCAAAAACAAGUGAAAUGCGGUGAAAAUAUGUUUCAAAUAAUUAUGUAUAAAAUGUGUUCUAAAAAAGUGAUCGAUUUUCUGUACGAAAACGAACUGCCGCAAUAGUUUAACAGUGCAAAGUGCAACAGGUGGCAAGUGUCAGCUACAUGCAACAAACCUUUUAGUAUAGAAAACUACCUACGUUGCGGACGGUAAAAUACAAUAACAGUAUUUUAACAACAAAACAUCGUUAAACCAUUCAAAAAAGUGUUAAAAUGUGAAGAAAAAAUUCUCAAAACUCAGAAAAAAAGUUUCCACGUGUGUAAUGUUUAAUUGGAAGUAAGUGAAGUCAAAAAAAAUGUACGCCAACUCAAAGACAACAACUAAAACAAAAACAACAAAGACUAACGCCAAUACCACUGCCAACAAUACCAAGAACAACAACAAUAGUAGCGCGUGCGAAGGUGUUAAAAACGUUGAAAUUGAUGAUUCAGGAAAUAGAAACAAUAGCAAUAACAACAAAACUGCCACACUCAAUACCUCAGCAACACACAAAAGCUCGAAUAGCACCAAGCCAGCUGAAACUGAUAACACGACGAGCACUGCCAGCAGCGUUGGGCCACAACUUUCGCUCUUCGAUCAGCUUAAGAAUAGCGCAAAUCUCAAUAAUAUAAAAUGCGGCAACAACAACAAUAAUAACAAUAAUAACGAAAGCGAAAACGACAGCAUCUACAAAACGAAAACGCCCAAGAACCUCACAGAAUGGCGUAAAUUCGCCGAAGAUGAUAGCAGCAACAACAGUGCGUCGAGCAGCAGCAGUGGCGGUAGUAGCAGUAGCAGUAGCAGUAGCAUUAAUAACGGAAUUUGUAAUGCACACAUACUAAGUGAAAAAGACAGUUUCCAACAAAAGUUUAUUGCCGCUGUUUUGGGCAAAAGCAACGCCAGCAGCUGCCAGUUGAAAGCAACAAAAAAGGACGCCACACAAGCGGCCGCCAAAAUCAGCCAUGCAACGGUUAAUAGUAGCAAUAACAAUAAAAAUAGUAAUAGCAGCAAUAGUGCACAAAGUAGUCUAAGCAAAAUGAACAGUAAAAAUAUUGAUGCGAAGCUGCCCGCCACCGAAAAACAGAUAGCAGAGCCUUGUGGCAACAUACUCGAUCUCACGCUACAGCCCGCGGCUAAGCGUAACAUGAAUUCUAAAGCACCUGGGAUGGUAACACCCCAAAAAGGGCAUCACGAGAGUAAAGUAAAUAGCACGACAACUGCAAUAUGUAAGAGCAGUGAGUUAAAAAUAAACAGUAACACCUCCACAGAGAGUGUAUGUGACAAAGCUGCUGACAGCAAAUUGACCAACGCAACUACAAACGCCCACAAUAACAGUAAUGAGGUGGCGAGCGGUAACAAGGGGACAAAUGUCAAUAAGCCUGUCAAUAGCAAUGCAGGCGACAAUAGCAACAGUAACACUAAUUACGUGUCAACAACGUCAGUUGGCGUGAGUCAACAACAGCAACAGCAGCAGCAGCCAGAACAACAAAGGCCACAAAUAAAAUUCCCAGUGCCAACACUGCCACCGCCCUCCUCCUCAUCAGCAACUAAAGCCGCUGCCGAUAAGAAAAGCUCCAACUGCAUUAACAACAGCGUCGGCGUUGUGCGGGGCACUAAACGUUUUGCUACUGCCACCGUCACAUCAGCUGAAAGUGUUGAGCCAUCAACCGUCAACCCCUCAAAUAAUUUCCCCACACCUGCCUCGACGGCACAUUACUUUGCGCAGAGUAAGCGUCAAAAGCAAACUGCAGCCGUGGCUGCCGCAACAAAUAGUUCUGCACACUUCGCGGGUAUACUUAGUGAUCAACAACAAAAACAAUAUAUGGACAAUUUACGCGCUUUACUCGAUACGGAAAAAUUGAAUUCGGUUUACGCGCGUCAUCAUCAGCCGCAGAGUGCCAGCGAUCUUAAAGCUGUCGUUUAUUCAGCACUGACGAGCGCUUUGUGUGGCGGUAAUAGCGCCACGGCUACUGCAGCUAGCAAGCUUUUGGCAGCCGCCAAUCAAGCUAAGAAGAAGCGGAAGAAGAAACGUUGCACGGAUCGUUGCGAUUCAUCUGAGUCUUCUGACAGUGGUGUCGUGAUAUCACUGAGCAGCACAGACUCCAGCACUGGUUCCAGUGAAGAUGCUUCAGAGCCGGGUUCACCAUUUAGCCAACACUCAAUAAGUGGCGACGAUCAGCAUAGUAAUUCGCCCGCCAAAGCGGGGGGUAAGAACUACAUAGAAAGCCAUCGAAUCAUGCCUCCACAGACAACCAUUUUGCCAUCGGCGAGUAGUAGCGCCAACAGUUCACAAAGUGCGAAUGGAAGCGUUAAUGCUUCAAGUAGUGGCACAAAUGUUCAUACACACACGGUCGCUGGAACGAAUAGCAAUAAUAAUACUAAUAAUAAUAGCAACAACACUGCCAAAAUAAAACAAAUACAGCAACAACUACAACAUCAGAAGAAUAAUAACACUGCCACAACACGUAAUGGACUGCCUACACUACAAUGGCCAUGGAAUACUGCGCCAAGUAGUAGUACUACAGCAUCAUCAAACACAUCAAGCACCACACAAUACAAUAAAAAACGUGGCGCUGCUACCGUGACAUCCGCGGAUAAUAGCUCAGGUAAAAAAGCACGAAAUAGCAUUGCUGAAAGUGCAUCAAGUGGUGUUUCCGCGGCCGCAGCCAAUACUGCUUGUGGGGCUGCUAGCGCUGCAAAAAGACUGAAAGCGGCCGCUUUGGAAGAGUCGCAAACGAAAAUCACUGGUUACUUCAAGUCACAAAUGAAAUCGCAAAUCCAUCAAAAUAACAUUGCCAAGCGCAAUAUGGAUGUAUUGAUCGCGGCAUGUAGCUCAGCAAGCGCCGCUCUGAACACAACAUCGCUAACGAUGAGCGCACCUGCCACUACGGCAUCAUUGAAUAAAUAUUUCAACAUUUUGGAGCAGUUAAAGGAAAAUAACAGCCACAAUAGUGGUGGCGCAAGUAGUAGCAGUAGUGUUACCACACAAAAGCCAACUUUAGUUCCAACAUCAUCACCAUCAUCUACGUCGACGUCAUCAUUAAAUAGUAAUAUAAUAGCACCACCGCCACCACCAACAUCGACUUCUAAUGGGCCAGCGUCAUCCACAUUUGUAUCUUCAGGCUCCGGCGCAGGAGGUCUCAUUUCACUCACGCCCGCUGCUGCAAUGGCACCGAUGCCAGUGCCCGCAUUGAAAAAGAUCGAACGCAGUAAACCCACCAAAAUCGCACAGGUUGCGCCAAAUUUACGGAAAACACCGUCCGCCUCGGGUAACUACCAUGGCGGCAAUGGGAAAUCACCAGCGAAGAAGCAUGUCGCCAUCGCGCCGCGUACGCCUGAAAUGAAACAACAGCAAUUGCAGCAGCAACAACAACAGGCGGCAGCAAAAGCCGAAGCGGCUGCAGCGAAACAAGCAGCGGCAACAGGCGCUCCACAGGCCCAAACCACAACACAGGUAACCGCAAAUCAGCCAGCCGUUUUACUCACUGCCAUACGUUUGCCUACUCAAGCAACAAAUACACAAUCACCAGCGGCGCCUACACAGCUGAAGCAAACUGUCUCUCCGCCGAAAUUGGCUCCGGUUGUAAGUGCGGCUGCUCCAACCACAACAACAGCUGCGCCUACGACAGCACAAACGCUUUAUCAACUACCCGCAGUCCAACUGCCAAAUCUAGUCCAAUUGCCACAGCUGUUGGCGGCCACCAAUGGUGCCAAUAUAAUGCAGUUGAACAAUGUUGCUGCGGCGGCUAAAAAUGCCAGUCCUGCAGCGGCUGCCGCAGCGGCAGCGACCUCCGCGCAAGCAGCACAGGCCGCAGCCGCACAAUAUUUCCUCAAUGGCACUGUCUUCAAGUUACAACAGUUUACAACAGCGACUACAACAACGGCAACGUCGGCGGUGGCUGCCGGUAGUGCUGCUGCCACUGCGAACCCGUUUAACUUGAUGACUGCCGCAGACCUGCAAGAGAUACUUAUUAAGCAGCAGCAACAGCAACAGCUGCAAUUGCAGCAGCAACAAAAAGCUGCAGCUGUCGCUGCUGCAGCGGCUGCUUCUGCAACAGCUCAGGCGACCAAUGCGAGCUUCCAGGAAAUAUUUCAGCAGCAAAUUGCCGCCGCUAUUGCCGCGAAUCAGCAGCAACAGCAGCAGCAACAAUUUCAGCAACUACAGCGAUUGGGCGCAGCAGCAGCGCAGCCUGUUUUCAUGGCAACCCCAGCAGGUCUCAUAUUAAAUGCUGCUUCACUGCCGGCUAUGUUAGCCCAGGCAGCAGCAGCAUUGGCUGUGAAUACCAACCAACAGCAGCAACAACAAAAGCAAAUGCAAAUGCAACAGCAGCAUCCGCAGCAGCUGCCCGCCCUCCAACCCAUACAACAGAACGCGUUGCCGGCGUUGAGUUCCAUCUUUGCGAGUGCCGCGCAACAGCAGCAGCAACAAUCUCAUUCCGCGCAUGAUCAACAUAUUGACUUCCAGCAGCAGCAGCAACAGUUGUUGGCAUUCUUGCAACAACAGCAACAGCAUCAGCAGCAGACGCAAUAUAUAACAGCCACACAGCCACCUCCACUCUCAGCGGUAAACUCGUCAUCGGCACAAAGUGGUCCCACCGCCGCGUCUUUAACGCCACUGUCUAUGAAUGCGACCACCGCGACGGCGUCACCAGCAAAUAGCGCAAACACUGCCAAAUUGGCAAUAGUAAAAGCAACUACUGCCUCCACAGCGCCACAGUUUACAACACUUAAUUCUCAGCCGCCACCUUUGGUCACAAUUUCACAUGGAAAAUCUCGCGCGACGCCCAUAGCGCCGGCUACAUCCAGCAGUGCCGGUGGAAAUAUCAACACUAUGGCGAACAAACCUGCCGCACUCGCUAAACCCUAUCAGAAGCGUGUGCCCAAGGUAGCACCUGCGCCGGUACCGGUCGCGCUAGCACCCAAUAAAUCCUCGCUUCCGAGCACCAAGGCGAAAAUCACGUCUGGCGGCAAAAUAAUUGCCACGCCCACAACGCCGCCACCGUUGGUGCCAGCACUCAGCAGCAGCAGUAGUGGUAGUGGUAGUGGCACAAUUGCUUCCUCAUCCACCAGUCGCAACGCGCCGAUAGCGAAACAAUUGUUACCAGCCGUUGGACCGCCUACGCCAGCUCUUAUAAGCAUUGCACCUGCACCAGCCACCAAUACAACAACAAUCACUGCACCAAACGGCAUCAAUCCAACAGCUGCCAUGAAAUUGUCGUCACUGCCGCCACUUGCGCCCAAACCAAGCCCAACAGUAACGACGUCUCAGGCGACAUCUGCUUUGGCAAAUGUGUCAGUGCCAGCAGCACAGCUAGCUCCACCCGCAGUUAAAGGGACAACAGUAACCAUCACUGCAGCUACGACUACGACAUCUUCAACACCUGAUCUAUUCGACUUAGUUAAAAAUUCGAAUGGCGCCAUCAGUAUAACUACUCCAACCACAAAUACAAGCAGUGGUAAUGUCACCAAUAAUACCAAUUGCAGCAAUAACGCGUUUAGCAAGUGCAGCUCGCUGCUGCCUUCAUUCUGCCAUUCAUCGAUGUCUUCAUAUUCAUCCGCAUCGUCGCCUUCUCGUUGCUCCUCAAUCCACACUCUAAUUGGUGAGGGCUUUUGUUCGAAGAUCAAAGAAGAACCCAUGGACGAAGUGGCCACUGUGCCCUCAGCCAGCACCUCCGACAGCGGCAUCAAAUUGGAAAGCUUUAAUGUCUCAACGCAUAACCAAAUGCUACCAGCUGAUAUUAAAGUUGAACUCAUGGAAGACACCACAAAAAUGUACCCCACUACCAGCACGGUCGGCGGUAUAACGCAAUCGAAUGAAUAUUCUUCAUAUUCGUUCAGUUCGCACUCGAAUUCCGUCUCCUCGGCCGCCGAUCUUUCGCUGGAAGCAUCCACCCCACCGUCACUCUCUUCCCUGUCCGCCUCUUGUUCCUCAGCACCGUCGCCAGCACCCUCGUCAUCAGCGGGUGCAUCACCGCGCAAUUCCCCGCCUCCAUUACCGCCAACACAAGCAUGCGAGUCCAAUUCAGCAUCGCUCAGCUGUGAAUCGUCCGCUUCGUGUGUCACUGCUGCUACAGGCCGAGAUAUGCUGAGUGAAAUGGUGACAUCCUCAUGCAUAUCGUCCAAUCUCACUUCUGAAAUGUCGAAUUCGGGCGAUGGUACAGUCUCGCACGAAAAAUCGCAUACAACAUUACUGGAAGAUAUUGAGAAGGAUGCCAAUGUGGAUGACGAAAGUAGCGAAAAACGAGACUUGCCAACCCCAGAAUCAGGCAUUGGGGGCAGUUUGACGGCCAGCGAAAGUAGCGAGUCCAUUGUGAGCACAAUCUCAAAUAACAGCAGCAAAGCUGAAAUCAUUGCCAAUAUCAUCAACUCCAUAGACUCGAAUUCGCCGCCACCCACACCACUCUCCACCGAUAGCGCUGGUAGUGCUGAAAGUGCCAGCAACAUUACAAAUUGCAUACUUGCCGCUAUUGCGGAUAGUAAUUCCAUUGCCAGCAAUGUAGCAGAGUCGCCAAUCUCACCACCGACGCCAGGCAGUACGAAUGAUUUGAGCAACGCCGCUAGUUUGUCGGAAACACUAACAAGUUCUACCUCAAAGAGCGCCGUACCCACAGUAUCUAGCUUGCCCACCAGCAUUGAUAAUAGUAACUCCAAUAGCUGCACCAGCAGCAGCAAUAGCAGCGUGAGUGGCGAACCACAAUCAAUCGUUGAUACUAGCAGCAGCAACAGCAGCAAUUGUUUCAGUUCCAAACCAACACUGAUCGACACCAAGCUCGCGGAGUCAACCAGUGAAUUGUUGCCUAAGUCAGCCAUCUCACCCAUACUAUCACAACCUAAGACUAUACGCUUCCCUGCCGAAACGGGCGGCUUUCGGUAUGGACCGAAGGGUGCCAAACGACACGAUGGUGUCUGCUACUGGGAUAAAUGUAAUAAGAAGCAUGACAGCUGCUCCAAACUGUUGGAUCACAUGCAGACAUUGCACGUCAAUACGCAAACGGGUCCAUUCUCUUGUCUAUGGGUUGGUUGCAAAGUAUACAAUAAGGAAUCUUGCUCGCGACGCUGGCUGGAACGUCAUGUGCUGUCGCAUGGCGGCUCAAAGCAAUUCAAAUGCAUUGUGGAAGGUUGCGGUCUGCGUUUUGGUUCACAGUUGGCGCUGCAAAAGCAUGUUAAUAAUCAUUUUACUGCAACCGAAAACAAGGAGAGCUCAAAUAAGCGUACCUCAGAUCCACCUGUGCCCAAGCAGCUGCGUAAAAAUGGCAAAAAAUUGCGCUAUCGACGUCAGCCUUUCUCAGCGCGCAUGUUCGAUUUCUUUGAUACCGGCAUAAUGGAGGGUCUUCAACAUCGUCUGCGACAGAUAAGCAUCCUCACCAAUGGUACCAAUGCAAUUACGUUCAGUGGACAAAGCAUGAUGCGCCGCAAAACACUACAAGGCAGUUAUGAAAGUUUUGUGCGCUGGACACCGCGCGAAAUUCUCGCGGAUGAAUGGGUGCCUUCUUGCGAUGGUCCAUACACUAAAACGGUUAACAUCAAACGUAUGCGUCCAGCAGAGAAGAUAAAGGUGGAGAGUUUACUGAUGACCGCCUACAAAUUGCCCUACUCCACAAAUCUCUUCGAUGAUGUUGCUGGUGAGGAUGAUGAGGAUGAGGAAGAGGAUGAUUCCGAUGAUGGCGAUGAAGAGGAUGAAAAUAAUGAUGGCGAAGAAACUGAAUUGGCUACAUUGGUGGAAACGGUGCGUAGCUCACAACAAAACCAACAACAACAAAGCGUAAUUGCAAUUUCCCGCAUGCAAAUACAGCAGCGGCGUAAGCAUACGCGUAAGCCAAUAAAACGUAUACACUUGGAUAAGCCAUUGAACGUUUAAUUAAUUGCGAAAUAAAAAGAGAUAAACAGUUGAAACUGUGCUAACUGAGCUACUCAAUGAUCUCCUACAAAGAAUUAUAUGCGUGCCGCUGUCUGUCCUCGUACGUGUGUGUUGCUGGUAAUUCGCAAGUCUGCAAUUGGAAUUUAUUUUUAAUUUCUUUACGCUUUUUACUACAAACGUAGCAACAAUGCAGCGAUCUUACAGAAGUUUAGCAUAUUUAGCAUUAAUUAUAGUAUUUUUUGGUUUAAAUUUAUAAAUAUAAUUUCAAAUUGUUUAUGUACAACGUAAGUGCGCGUAAAUUUUUAGCGUAUAAUCUACAUUUUUUUUUUAUUAUAUUUUAGAAUUUUUUCAUUUUAUAAAUGUAUUGUAAAAAAAGUAUGAGCAUACAAAAGCAACUUAUGUAAAUAAAUUAUUGUAGCAUAACGCAUAAUUAAUAUAAAAUGAUAUUUAGCAAUAAGUAAUAAAGCGCGUAUAAUGAUUUCUCUUAUGAAUAAUAAAAAUAUAGAGCAAGUUUAUACUAAGUAAAAGCAUUACAUUUAAACAUAAAUCUAUACAUUUAAUUUUAUUUCAAUUAAGUUGUAAAAAUAUAUUUAUUUUAAUAAUUCUUUUUUAUUAUUUUUACUUGCUUUAGCAAAAUAUUUUAAAAACUUGUUUAUAUUUUAUAUGAUCAGCUUUCUUUUUAUAUUUACUUUGGCGUUAGUUUUGCGCUACAAUUUUAAAUUUAUUAUUGUUAAAUAAGUAUAUAUAAGUUUGUAUAAAGUGUCUGUCGUAAGCUGCUGAUUUUUGGAAUUAAUUUUUUUUUUCUUUAUCUUUACAUAACUUUUGCUCUAUGCGCAUUAAAGGUUUGAGUAGUAGCGCUUGGACUUUUUUAGAAUAUAAUUGAAAAUUUGUUACAAAAGAAAAAACUAAACAUAUGAAUAAAACUCAUUCAUAAUUGUAUAAAAGGCUUUGAACAAAUAUGGCACAUAUUUUCAGGCGCAAAAUACGUCAAACCACUCAAAAGCUUUUUUAAAAUUUCAAACGCUUACGGCAAAGCACUUUAGCAAAACCUUAUCAAGCAAUGCCAACCAGCCAACAGCAUAACAUAAUUAUUACAUUUAUGUAUGCAUACCACUAGCCCACCACCUGUUAUAAGUGAAAAGUUGCAAAAAAGAAAAAAAAAAUAAACACGACAAAAAUAAA